CUUUAAAGUUCUUGAAAUUGCCUUUGAAGUUCCCAUUUACUAAAGACAAUUAAGCUCAAUGCACUAUCCGGAAAAUACUUCUGAUUGAAUCUUGCUUGCGACAGAUAGCAAUAAAGCUUUCCAAAGAAAUGUUCACCUAACAAUAAAGCAUAACAUUCGUCAAGUGCCUUAAACAUUAUAGCUAUAAUUUCCUUAUUAUACAGUUUCUUACCUAAGAAUAGGCGCUACAAAGCACUGAUAUUAAAUUUAUUUUUUCUUUUAAAAUGAGGAUUGCGUUUUUUGUUUUAGAUACUUGGCAAUGAAUUACUGAUAAUGAUGUUUGGGACUAAAAACAAGUCCUCUGUAACACACGUUAUCAAAAGCUCUUAAAUUAGGUCUCUUUUAUCGCAUAAAAUUCAUUUUUAACCAUACACUUCUUUACCUUAGGACACAGUAGGUACUUUACCGUUAUCCAUACCGGUUGUGAUAUUUUUGGAUAUUUUACAUAUUUGAUCCCCGGACACCAACCAGCAGUGUUAUUCAAUACAUUAUCCCCUAAAAAAAUCUGUUAUCAAUUAAAAUUCACAGUUGCGAAGGAUUUCAUAAUCCUCGAUUUGUUUUUACUGUGACUAUGAAGAUUUUACUAGUAACAGCAGCCUACAUAGCAAGUAAGAGUUUGGUUUAUUCAAAAAUCAAGAGAUAUAUUUUCUGUCAAUCAAAUAUGAACAACCUUCCAGUGUGCUCCGGCCAUGCUUUUCCUUCGGUGCCGGGAGACAACAGUCACUACGUAGAGGGUGAGAGCCGCUACAUCUGGAUGGCAGACGGUGAAGGCAAGCCAGUGCUGGAGGACCUUCACGAGCCCAUCGAUGAAGCUUUACUAACUUCCAGAAAUGGGGCCAAUAACCAGUAUUGGCUUUACACCAGGUCGAACCCGAGCAAUGCUCAAAUACUAAUUCAUGGAAAUGCCAAAACUGUCUGGCUAUCAGACUAUCUCGGGUUACGUCCAUUAAAAGUCAUUGUUCAUGGAUGGAAAAAUGAUGGAGACUCAGCGAUGAAUCCUCUCAUCACAUCGGCUUUCCUUGCCGUACUAGAUGCCAACGUCAUCGUAGUGGACUGGCGCACUUUCGCCAACUCACACUACACUACCGCUUCCAACAGCGUCCCUGCAGUUGGCCUGGCUCUUGGAAAUUUUCUUAUCUGGCUCUUUAACACUGCUGGUGGCAACUGGAACAACGUGCAUCUAGUUGGCUUCAGUUUAGGAGCUCAUAUUGUAGGAGUCGCUGGACGCCAUGUAGGUGGACGUAUUGCUCGUGUUACCGGUUUGGAUCCAGCAGGUCCUGGGUGGGCCGAUAACAUCCAUGCGCUAAACAGAAACGCUGGUAUAUACGUCGAGGCUAUCCAUACUGACGGCCAUAUCCUUGGUAUAUUCAACGCCGUUGGCGAUGCUGAUUUCUAUCCCAACGGCGGUCAAAACCCUCAACCUGGUUGCCUGUUCAGUGUGUGUUCGCAUGGACGAGCGAAUCUUUUGUUUGCAGCAAGUAUUCGUUAUAAUCACCUCGUUGGACGACUGUGCUCAAAUCUUUCGACCGCUGAGCUCUCAACCUGCUCAGGACAUACCUUCAAUAUGGGGAACUCUAUUAUCUUCAAGCAAGGGUAUGUUUUUUUUGUUCAUUUAAUAUCAAUACUGCCUUUAUUUUUUGACAAGCGCUCCUUAGCUGUAAUUACAGUGUUUCUGUACUUUGAGCAAUGCUUUUAUUUCUCGUUGAAUUCUUAUAACUAAACCACUAGUGGUAUAUGAUAUAAAGUACAUAAUUAAUAGGGAUGACGACAAUUUUUUUUGCACUGUCCGUCAUG